AUGGUAAACGACCACAAUCAGAACACAAACGACCACAAUCAGAACACAAACGACCACAAUCAGAACACAAACGACCACAAUCAGAACACAAACGACCACAAUCAGAACACAAACGACCACAAUCAGAACACAAACGACCACAAUCAGAACACAAACGACCACAAUCAGAACACAAACGACCACAAUCAGAACACAAACGACCACAAUCAGAACACAAACGACCACGAUCAGAACACAAACGACCACAAUCAGAACACAAACGACCACAAUCAGAACACAAACGACCACAAUCAGAACACAAACGACCACAAUCAGAACACAAACGACCACAAUCAGAACACAAACACUAACAGAACACAAACGACCACAAUCAGAACACAAACGACCACAAUCAGAACACAAACGACCACAAUCAGAACACAAACGACCACAAUCAGAACACAAACGACCACAAUCAGAACACAAACGACCACAAUCAGAACACAAACGACCACAAUCAGAACACAAAUGACCACAAUCAGAACACAAACGACCACAAUCAGAACACAAACGACCUCAAUCAGAACACAACUAAACGACCACAAUCAGAACCCAAACAAAGACUCCUGA